GCUUGCCGCCCAUCAUCUGCCGGAUCAGCGUCAUUUUUGGUCGCACUCAUGGAUAUCCUCUUGUUUCCAGCCCCCCGUCUGGCAUGCAUCUCUUCUGGAGGCAGUUGUUGGCGCUCAUCUGGAAGAACUGGAUCGUGCUCUGGAAACACCCAUUCCUGAACCUUCUGCGCUGUUUCCUCUUCCCGGUCGCGUACGGAAUCUUCCUGGCCGUUGCAAAACAGUUUCUUCUCAAGCCUAAUAACUAUGGGCUCGGCACACUCACUCCCGUCUACACGCUGGAAUCUCGAUUCGUGAAUGCAGGGACUCUGGUGUGGGCUGAUGCAACGGACGGAACGGCGCAGCCAUCUCCCAACGAUAUCAUGAGCCACAUCACGUCAGGGUUCACCGACAGCCAGCGCCGCGCGGUGAAGCAAGCAUCCUCCGCCGCCGAGCUCCCGUUUUCUUGUCCGCAGAACUUCAACGGCUUCUCGGAGUGCUAUGCCGCGGUUGUGUUCAACGACAUCCCUGCGGACGCGACGCGACCCGUGAACUACACGAUCUUCUCCGACUCCGGGCUGUUCCACAUCGAUGUCCAGCGCCAUUCGAGCGACUUCGAGACGCGGGUGUUGCCGCUGCAGUGGGCGGUCGAUCAGGCUAUCAUCGAGCUGCGGACCGGCGUGACAGUGCCGGCGCCACUGGAAUGGCCGUUCAAUAAUGAGACGAACGAGGAGCAGGACAAGAGGACGCGGCUGAGCUUCAUUCGCGGGAUCCGGGAGCUGCUUGUCAUUGCGUUCUUUAUAUGCUUUAUUGGCAUAUCUUAUCAACUGCCUGGGGCCGUCGCCGGGGAGCGGGCAAACCAGGUGACGGCGCACAUGAAAGCGAUGGGGCUGCUCGAUUCGGCGCGGGUCACGGCGUGGCAUCUGAGCGUCAGCCUCGUCUACCUCCCCGCUUGGAUCAUCGUCGCCCUGGUGUGGCGCGCGCAGAUCUGGGUCGUGACGAAUGUCCUGCUGAUCCUCGUGGUGCACCUGCUUCUUGGCUUGACGCUCGCGAGCUGGUCGUUCUUCCUCGCAGCGCCGUUCGGCAAGAGUCCCCAGUUGGCUGCGGUGUGCUCGACGUUCUUGUCGAUCCUCUUUGCGAUUCUGGCGCUCGUGCUCAAGCAAGUCAGCACUGGCGGCGCAUUCAUCUUCACAAUCAUCUUUCCGCCUGGUUUCUACAUCUUUGCCAAUCGCGCCAUCAGCGGGUUCGAGAAUCUCAGUCUCCCUACAAAUGCUCUCAAAGGAGAUCCUGACCAUAACCUUGUCUUGCUCCCCAUCCUGAUCGCCGGUCUCAUCGAUGUCUUCCUGUGGCCUUACCUCGCCAUCCUACUCGAGCGACGACUCUAUGACGCCCGCGACCCCUCUUCCAGCUGGCGUUGCUGGGGUCGCAGGAAACGUCAGACUCUAACCAUCGCGGACGGUGUCGCGAUUUCCGUUCAGAACUUGGGCAAGACAUUCAAGACGUCCAUGUUCAAGCGCAAAGGCGGCAACGUCAAGGCAGUCGAGGAUCUCUCGUUCGAUGUUCCGAAGCACGGGAUCUUCGUCCUGCUGGGCUCUAAUGGCGCUGGAAAGUCGACGUCUCUGUCGGUCAUCGGCGGGCUCACGGGUCGCACGAGCGGACAGGUCGUUUACGAGGGGGGCUUGGACCGGCCGCCGCGCGGGAAGCUCAGCAUUGUGCCGCAGAAGAACGUGCUCAUCCCCGAGUUGACGUGCCUGCAGACGCUCAGGGUGUGGCGGGCCGUCAAAUGGUCGAAGGCCGCGUCGGCGGACGAGGAUCUGGAGCAGCUGCUGAGGGAUUGUGACUUGGAGCACAAGAUCCAUGCGCAGGCAAGGACGCUGUCGGGGGGACAGAAACGGAAGCUGCAGCUUGCUAUUGGUUUGGUUGCAGGAUCUGAAGUGGUUCUUGUCGACGAAUGCACAUCCGGUGUCGAUCCAUUAUCACGGCGAGCCCUUUGGCGGACUCUCAUAUCAGUUCGACAAGAACGCACCAUCGUCUUCACGACUCAUUUCCUCGACGAAGCGGACUUGCUGGCCGACAACAUUGCCAUUCUUGCUGCGCCUGGUAAAUUGGUCGCGGCUGGGUCUCCUGUCGCUCUCAAGCGCGAUCUAGGGCAAGGCUACAGCGUCCAGGUUUCGCUAGCGGCGGACAACGACGCAUCUACCGAGCUGCUGCAUCGGAUCCGGACUGUCGCGCCGCAGGCUCACAUGUCUCUCGCAUCUAUCCACCAGCCACUUUAUCAUCUCAGAGCCAAGGACAGCCAGGUCGUCGAUCGGGUGCUGCAACUGGUGGACUCGGAGGGCGGCAACUACGGCGUCACCUCGUAUGACGUGCUGGGGACUUCCAUCGAGGAUAUCUUCCUGGACCUGAUGCAGAAAGAUCAGCAGACACAGCAUGUCCCAGCCGACAUGGAGAAGAGUUUGACUCCCAGCGCCGACUCCGUCGAUGAGCCGCGGCCGCUGGACGAGCGCAAGCUCGAGCUCUCGGCGGCGGCUCGAGUCUCUUCGCCGUGGGAGCAGGCCCUGACCAUCUUCUACAAACGCUGGAUCAUCUUCCGUCGCAGCUGGCUGACGCCCUUCCUCGCUGUGGUGAUCGCCAUCGCAGGGUCAGCAAUCCCCCUGGUCUUCAUCUCCGGGCGGUCGAACUCCUGCGCAAAGACGGUCGAUCUGCCCGGGACGAACGACCUCCUGUUCCCGGCCACCUCGCCGCUGCUCGCGUUCUACCAGGGUAUCAACUCGACGGUGCUCGUCUCGCCGCCCGGCGCCACGGCCGUCCUGGGCAACCUCACGAGCCUGAGUGCCGCGACGCUCAGCAACAUAACGGCUGCGGUCAACUUCACCGCCGCGGACCUGGGCAACAGCAGCGUCCUGCAGCCGAUCACGACGCGCGAUCUCGCGGACAACGCGACGUUUGUCAGCACCAUCCAGCGGGAGUACCGCAACCUCACGGCGGGCGGCGUGUCGUUUGACUUUGCGACGGGUCAGAGCGUUGUGGCGUGGGAGGCCAGUCCGCCGGGACUGAUGGGCCCGAGCAUGCUCUCGUUGGCGAGCAAUGUGCUGUUCAACCACGCGCUGAAUGUGUCUGGGCUGUCCCGCGGAUUCCCGGCGUUGAUCCUGCCCACGUACGAGUCCUUCCCUCCGGUCAAUGCGGGGACGCUGUUUGCGCUCAAAUGGAUUGCGUUCUACGGUGCAGUGAUGUCCGUGUUCCCUGCGUUCUUCGCGCUGUAUGUGUCGAAGGAGCGGCGCUCGUCGGUGCAGGCCAUGCAGUUCAGCAACGGACUGCACAACCCAGUCGGUCUGUGGCUCGGGCACCUCCUGUUCGACUCGAUCUUCACGAUCCUCAUGUCCACGAUCGUGAUCAUCAUCUUCGCGGCGGCGUCGACCCAGUUCCACGGCCUGGGCUUCCUGUGGCUUGUCAUGGUGUUGUACGGAGUGGCCGGGACGUUGUUUGCGUACUGCGUGUCGCUGCUGGUCGCCUCUCCGCUGGCUGCGUUUGCGACGGUGGCGGGGUAUCAGAUCGUCAUGUUCCUGCUCUACAUCGCCGGCUAUCUCCUGGUCCUCACAUAUGCAAAGACGUCGGAUGCCAAUGGCGAGAUCACGAUCAUCAACUUUACGCUGUCGAUCUUGUCUCCGGUGGCCAGUGUGACUCGCGCAGCCUUGGUCUCGGUCAACCUGUUCUCUCUGCUGUGCGAUGGGUCGUCCACCAAGUUGACCUCGUCCUGGAUGGGCUCAAUCAUGCGCUACGGCGGACCGAUUGCAUAUCUCAUCGUCUACUCCCUCGUCCUGUUUGCCAUUCUCGUCUGGGCGGACUCGGGGUCGCUGCUGCCCCGCAAACACCGCGCGCUUGCACAAACACAAUCCCGCGAUACGAAGCCGGACGUCGCGGAGGAGGCACGCACCGCUGCGCAGUCGGACGACCUGCUGCGCGUGCUGAACGUCUCGAAGCGGUUCGGAACAAAUACGGUGGUGGAUGAUGUGAGCUUUGGGGUGUCAAGGGACACGAUCUUCUGUAUGCUCGGGCCGAACGGCGCGGGGAAGACGACGACGUACAAUGUCAUUCGGGGUGAUGUUAUACCAGAAGCAGGAGAUGUGCUGAUCCAGGGUACCUCGGUCGUGAGCCACCCGCAGUCGGCGCGUGUGUCGCUGGGUGUGUGUCCCCAGUUCUCGGCCAUUGAUGCACAGCUGUCGGUCAGGGAGCACCUGAUCAUAUAUGGCCGAUUGAAGGGCUUGAGGGGCGGCGAUCUGUCGUCGAGCGUUGAGGCGCUGCUGUCCGCGACGGGGCUGGCGAUUUACGCCGACCGGCUCGCAAGCAAGCUGUCAGGCGGGAACCAGCGCAAGCUGUCGCUGGCCAUCGCACUGGUGGGCAACCCGUCGGUGGUGCUGAUCGACGAGUUCUCGACGGGGAUCGACGCGAAGAUGAAGCGCGAGAUGUGGCAGACGCUGCGCGGCGUCGCGGUGGGCAAGGCGGUGAUCAUCACGACGCACUCGAUGGAGGAGGCCGCCGCGCUCGCGUCCAAGGUCGGCAUCCUUGCCGUGCGGCUCCUCGCGGUCGGCGCGCCCGCGGCGCUGUCCGCGCGCUACGCCGCGUACCAGGUGCACUUUGCGUGCCGCACGCCGGCCGAGGUCGGCCGCGCGCAGGCGCUCAUGGCGACGAUCCCCGGCGCGCGGAUGGCGGACGACGUCGCGACGCGCUUCGAGGUGCCUGUGGGGCGCGAGCAGUUAUCCCUCGCGCAGCUGUUCCACGCGCUGGCGGCGCACGGCGACGGGUUCUCGGAGUACACGGUCGAGAAGGCGACGCUCGAGAAUGUGUUCCUAAAGGUGAUCAGGGAGAAUAAUGUGGAGGAGGAGGGUCAUCGGAGUCGCUCGAGAAGGAGGUGGUGGUGGCCGUUUUAAACGCGUCGUUAUUUCGGUUCGUAUCUAGUGGGCUAUGUAUAUAUAAUGCAGAUCGAGCCUGUGAUUGGGGGAUACUGCGUAGUUGACAAACGCUUCGUUUGCCUACAUAGAAUUUGGUGCACCUCGAUCGAGCGGACCAUAUAUCUUUGGGAUGCAAGAUGAUAUUGCAUUCACCUUACACGAGAGUAUUUCUCGGAUGCUGACACCGGGCAAUCGAGGAUUGGUGGCCAGUCCUCGAGCCACUUCGUUCAAAUGACUGGAAUGUACGCAGGGAGGAGAACGGUCAUGUGACCCAAUUGAAA